ACCUUGAUUUUACUCUUCUUGCUCCUGAACAUUCCACUUCCUGUGGCUGAUUUUAUUUAUCCCAGGUGCUUUUGGAAAAAGAAGCAGAAUGAAGACAAAGAUAGAAACCUUGAAAGAGACUGUAUCUUCAUGAUUCAAGUGGUACAACAGCCUAUGGAGCAAGAGUAUUUUAGUCAUAUUUUGCAUAUACAAACACAUGCUGAAAACAUCAAGUAUGCUCUAGCUUUGGCUUUUUCCAUAUAUGAAAUCAACAGGAACCAUGAUCUUUUGCCAAAUAUGUCUCUAAAAUUUACACUCACAGAAUAUAGUUGUUGCUCAGAAUCUGAAGGGAUGAGUCUCAUUCAUUUGAGUUUACAAAAUCAUGAUAUUCUCCCUAAUUAUGUGUGUAAAAAUAUCAACAAGUGUGAAAUGGCCCUUACAAGACUGAAUUGGGCAACAACUGUGAUAAUUUAUACAAUCCUAAACAACUUCAUAUUUCAGCAGUUCCUUCAGAUUACUUAUGGAUCCUAUCAUCCUGUCCUGAGUGAUUAUGAAAAAUUUCCCUAUCUGCAUCAGAUGGCCUCUGAUCAUACAUCUCUAGCCCUUGCCUUGGCAGCCUUCAUAAUUCAUUUCAGUUGGAACUGGGUAGGGUUGGUCAUCUCAGACAAUGAUCAAGGAAUCCAAUUUCUCUCCUAUUUGAGAAGAGAGAUGGGAAAAAGUACACUCUGCUUUGCCUUGGUCAGCAUGAUUCCAGUCGACAUGGAUUUAUACAUGUCAAGAGCUGAAGUCUAUCACAACCAAACCAUGACGUCAUCUGCUAGUGUUGUCAUCAUUUAUGGUGACACAGACAGUACUUUAGCUGUGAGCUUCAGAAUGUGGGAAUCUCUAGGAAUACAGAGACUGUGGGUCACCACCUCACAGUGGGAUGUCAGUCCUAGUAUGAAAGACUUUACAUUUGGUGACAAAUAUGGGACUUUUGCUUUUGGACAGCACCAUAGUGAGAUUUCUGGUUUUAAAAAUUUUGUCCAGACACUGAACUCUGCCAAAUGCCCAGAUGAAUAUCUGGUAGAGGUAGAAUGGAUGCACUUUAACUGUGAGAUCUCAGCCUCUAAAUGUAAGACACUGAAGAACUGCUCAUCCAAUCUCUCAUUGGAAUGGUUAAUGGUACAUACUUUUGACAUGGCCUUUAUUGAAGGGAGUUAUGACAUAUACAAUGCUGUGUAUGCUUUUGCCCAUGCACUCCAUGAGAUGACAUUUCAAAAGUUUGAUAAUAUGCCCAAGGACAAUGGAAAAGAAUACAGUUCUAGCUGCAAGAAGCUGUAUUCCUCUCUGAGAAAGACCCACUUCACUAAUCCUGUUGGAGACAGAGUGAAUAUGAACCAAAGAGACAAACUGAAGGAAGAUUAUGACAUUUUCUACAUUCGGAAUUUUCCACAGAGCCUUGAAUUUAAGUUAAAAUAGGGAUGUUUAAUCCCUAUUUUCCAAAUGGCCAACAGGUACAUUUAUCUGAAGAUAUGAUAAACUGGACAAAAGGAAGUACUCAGGUG